AUGCUAGAGGCCUCCAGGCGCGAGGAGUCAGAGCCGGGCUCUGAGGCGCAGUGCGUGGGGACCUGCCACGCGCAGAGAGUCCUGCGGACCCUCAAUGCUUAUCGGCAGAGCGGCACUCUCACCGACGUGGUGCUGCGCGCUGGAGGCCGCGAUUUCCCGUGCCACCGUGCUGCGCUCAGCGCGGGAAGUGCUUACUUCCGCAGCUUGUUUGAGGCUGGGCGGCCAGAACACAGCCUCGCUGUGGUGCCGGUAGUGCUGCUGGCGCCUGAUGGGCCAGGCGCAGGAUCUGCCGGGGCGACGGCGGCCACGGCGCUGGCCGUGGUGCUCGACUACGUGUAUGGCGCGGGCGUGCGGUUGCGCGCAGAGGACGAGGCGGCGGCCGUCCUGGCACUGGCUGAGCGAUUGGGUGUGGCAGGUCUGCGCGAAGCCUGCGCGCGCUUCCUCGAAGGCCGCCUACGUGCGGCCAACAGUCUGGCGCUUCGCCGCGUGGCCGCCGCCUUCUCGCUCGUCUCGCUGGCGGAGCGCUGCGGCCGCGUGCUGCGCCAGGCCUUCGCGGAGGUGGUGCGCCAUUCCGACUUCCUGGAGCUGGCCCCGGACGAGGUGGCUGCGCUGCUGGCCGACCCGGCCCUAGGCGUGGCCCGAGAGGAGGCCGUGUACGAGGCGGCCAUGCGCUGGGUGCGCCACGACGCGCCGGCCCGCCGUGGGCAGCUACGGCGCCUACUGGAGCACGUGCGCUUGCCUCUGCUGGCGCCUGCUUACUUCCUGGAGAAGGUGGAGGCGGAUGAGCUGCUGCAGGCUUGCGGCGAGUGCCGCCCACUGCUGCUGGAGGCCCGUGCCUGCUUCAUCCUGGGCCGCGAGGCCGGUGCGCUGCGAGCCCGACCGCGGAGAUUCAUGGACCUAGCGGAAGUGAUCGUGGUCAUCGGUGGCUGUGACCGCAAGGGGCUACUGAAGCUGCCCUUCACGGAUGCCUACCACCCAGAGAGCCGGCGCUGGACCCCACUGCCCAGCCUGCCCGGAUACACGCGCUCAGAGUUCGCCGCCUGUGCCCUCCGCAAUGACGUCUAUGUCUCCGGAGGCCACAUCAACAGCCGUGACGUAUGGAUGUUUAGCUCCCAUCUGCACACCUGGAUCAAGGUGGCCUCGCUGCACAGGGGCAGGUGGAGGCACAAGAUGGCAGUCAUUCAAGGCCAGCUGUUCGUGGUGGGCGGCUUUGAUGGCCUGCGGCGCCUGCGCAGCGUUGAGCGCUACGACCCUUUCUCCAACACCUGGGCGGCGGCCACGCCUCUCCUAGAGGCGGUUAGCUCGGCGGCGGUGGCGCCCUGCGCUGGCCAGCUCUAUGUGAUCGGGGGCGCGGGCCAGGAUGGUCUCAACGUCAACAAGGUGCAGUGCUUUGACCCCAAGGAGGACCGGUGGAUCCUGAGGUCGCCAGCCCCCUUCUCGCAGCGGUGUCUCGAAGCUGUAUCCCUCGACGACACCAUCUAUGUGGUGGGGGGCCUCAUGAGCAAAAUCUUUUCCUAUGACCCUGGCACAGAUGUCUGGGGGGAGGCAGCUACUCUCCCCUACCCUGUGGAGAGCUGUGGCGUGACUGUGUGUGAUGGGAAGAUCCACAUCCUCGGUGGGCGGGAUGAUCACGGGGAGAGCACCGAUUGGGUCUUCACCUUUGACCCCAGCAGUGGGCAGGUGGAGGCCCAGCCAUCCCUGCAGCGCUGCACCAGCUCCCAUGGCUGCGUCACCAUCGUCCAGAGUGUGGGCAGGUAACUCAGACCUGGAUGGCCUGGCCAGAAGGCUGAAAGGAGUGUGUGUAUGUGGGGGGAUGCAGGUGUACCACUCUGUCCCCUUCAUCGUCCUUGUGUAAAUAACCCUUAACUUAUGGCUCCUUUUUAUAUAGAAAUAAAACCUCAUUCAAAGGUUGGGUCAGUG